AUGGAUCCCUCGGCGUCGUACCGCAACUCCCAGUUGAGGCAAUCAUAUCACGAGCCACAAUUUGACGGCCAAAAUACCUACGCCCCUGCUCUUGAUGGGUCUUCCCAGGCCCAGUACCAGUCACAACAAGGCCAUUUCGUUGAGGAGUGGGACGCUACACAACGUGGAAGCUCAAUCAUCGACGGGCCAAACGGCCACCAACACGAUGCCACACAGCCUGCCGACACCAUGAGCUACAACCCUGGUGACGAUCAGCAACAGCUGGCAAUGGCGAACAGGGGGAACUCCUUGAAGAAGAAGAGCUCGACACGACGUACAUUGAGUCUGCGCCGGAGCGGCAGCCGUCGAAGCAUGAGAGCUGGUAGUGUCAAAAGUCUGGCUUUGAACCCUGCCUCGGACCCCAACGAGGCUCACAGCGCAUUUUACUGUCCAGUUCCGACUUCUGGAAACCCAACCCAGGUUCUAAUUGACCGAUUCCAAUCUUGGCGCAAGGUCCUAAAGGACCUAAUUGCCUAUUUCAGGGAGAUCCAGUCCCAUUACGAAAACCGCGGGAAAGCUCUCCUGAAGCUUGCCAACGUUUCCAACAAUAUCUCGACGCCGUCCGAGUUCCUCACAUCCGCCGGCAUCGAUGACGCGCUACAGUUUCUUCGAGUCUAUAACAAGAAUGCUAUUCUCGAGGCCAACAAAGCCAAAGAAAUUGAGGAGGAUGUCAUCCUAGCACUCGCGGGAUUGCGCAGCGACCUCCAGCAAAAGAUAAAAGAGAUCAAGAACCUAUCGGGUGACUUCAAGAACACAGUUGACAAGGAAAUGGAGGGCACACGCAAAGCGGUGCGGACCCUACAGGAUGUUCUUGGGAAGAAUGAGGCGGAUGACGCCAGCACCGUUGGGAAGCAGGAUCCAUUCCUGAUGCGCUUGGCUGUGGACCGCCAAGUAGAGCGCCAACUGGAUGAGGAGAAUUAUCUUCAUCAGGCCUACUUGAACCUGGAGAAUUCCGGUCGAGAGCUUGAAUCAAUUGUCGUGGGCGAGAUCCAGAAGGCUUACAAUGCCUACGCUGGGAUCCUCAAGCGCGAAGCGGACAAUGCCUACAAUAUCAUCGAUGAGCUUCGCAGCGGGCCUAUUUCAAUGCCCAAGGAUCAGGAAUGGAUUCAUUUUGUCACCCAUGAUAAACAAUUCAUCGACCCAACCAUUCCACUGCGUUCCGCUGAGCAGAUUCAUUAUCCCGGCCAGGACCACGUGGCUGCGCAGGAGAUUCGCGCUGGUUUACUAGAACGAAAGAGCAAAUACCUGAAAAGCUACACUGCGGGAUGGUAUGUUCUUUCUACCACUCAUCUCCACGAGUUUAAAUCUGCGGACAAAGGCCAGGCUCCAGUCAUGUCCCUUUUUCUGCCAGAACAGAAACUAGGAUCCCAUUCGACCGAAGGAGGGUCGUCGAAUAAGUUCAUUCUCAAAGGUCGACAAACAGGCACCAUGCAUCGCGGCCACACGUGGGUAUUCCGGGCGGAGAGCCAUGAUACCAUGAUGGCCUGGUACGAGGACAUCAAGGCCCUGACGGAGAAAACCCCAGAGGAACGCAGUCAAUUUGUACGCCACCAUACGCGCAGCUUGAGCCAAUCGUCCCGUCGUUCAGCCAGCAGCGACGGGAUUGUCGACGAGGACGACGAAGAGCCCUUUUCUGCCGACUCUCAAAUCGAUGUCAAUCCCGGUCCGAGACCUGACACUGCGUCCAGGCGAUCACAUCCAGGUGGGCGGUUCCCAUCUGAUAUCCAAGUCAAUGCACAGCGCGGCUUACAGGCCAGUCGUUCGCCCUCUAGUCUAAGUUCGAUUGGCCAUGAACAGCAGUCAGUUCCCCAGGAUGCCCUUCUGAUCGCCGCCACCCAGGCCCUCCCCGGAUCACAUCUAUCUCAUGCGGCUGCUACAAAUGACCAAGAGCGCGAAAGGGGCUACGGCGAAAUGAUGGGCCAGGCACCCGUGGAUGUCCCAUCACACGCUGCUGUUGCCGACCAGGUAGCUCAGUAUGACGGAGUCAACCCGUACACGAGUGAGCCCGUUACUCAACCAAUCCAGCACAAUCGUGGUGAACAAACGACCGCCAUCGGACAGAUGGCCAUCUUGGAAAGCCACGGCAAUGGGUCUCAGAACCCCCGAACCAAUGCAACCGAUGGAUCAAAUGACAGCAGUCAUUCAAACGCAUAUAUUGUCACAUCGGGAGGUGACUAUUUCAACCAGGCAAGAAACGACGCAGGGCAAGCAACAAACUUCCACCAACAAGGGCAUCAGCCAGCUUCCGACGAUAUCCUAACUCCCUCUACCACGUUGACGGAAAGCACUUUCCAUGCUCCUGCUGAGAAUAUGUUGCCCCGUGAUGGCUCGUCUGAACCAACCAGGCCUAGCAAGAACACAACUAGGAAUGACAGUGAGGUUUCCCGCGAACAGGGGUAG